AUGGCCUUGUACAGCGCAUUGCCAGCUUCCCCAGCCCACAUCCGUGUUGUAGAAUUGUGUUCAGGCACCGGGCCGUUGACCUGCCAGCUGAGAACGGUGAUACUGGGAGAAUGUAAAUAUGAGACUAUAUCAUAUUGCUGGUCGGAUGCGGCAGAGGAUGACCCGUUUCUCAUCGUUAACGAGCAGCGUGUCCGCAUUCGAAAAAAUCUCGCUAGCGCACUGACAAGGCUGCGGCUGUCAGACCAAGCUCGAACGCUAUGGGUCGAUGCCCUGUGUAUCAAUCAAACUUCGAACACUGAGAAGAGAGAGCAAGUGAGCAUGAUGCGGGACAUAUAUGCCAAAGGCGUUCACAACAACAUCUGGUUGGGCGAGGAAGAGCCUUCUACGGCUAGGGUACUGGAUUUUGCACGAGAUCUGGCGAGGCAAGGGAGCAAGAAAUCGUCGAAUGCGAUCUUCGCAUUGCUCUCGUCG